UUGUCCUUUCUUUUUCUUUUCAUUCUUUCUUUUCUUUGUUUAUUUAUUCGGUUUCCUGGUUCAUUCCGAAAUCAUUUUUAUUUGUUUGUUUGUUUGUAUUUUCUUUCUUUUAUGCAUUUACUUACUUUUUAUUUUCUAUUUUUUCCUUUCUUUUCAUAUUUCUUUCUUUCUUUCUUUCUUUAUUUCCAUAUUUCUUUCUUUCGUUCUUUUCAUAUUUCUUUCUUUCUUUCUUUCUUUAUUUCCAUAUUUCUUUCUUUCGUUCUUUUCAUAUUUCUUUCUUUCUUUCUUUCUUUAUUUCCAUAUUUCUUUCUUUCGUUCUUUUCAUAUUUCUUUCUUUCUUUCUUUCUUUCUUUCUUUCUUUCUUUAUUUCCAUAUUUCUUUCUUUCGUUCUUUUCAUAUUUCUUUCUUUCUUUCUUUCGUUCUUUUCAUAUUUCUUUCUUUCUUUUUUCUUUCUUUCUUUCUUUCUUUAUUUCCAUAUUUCUUUCUUUCGUUCUUUUCAUAUUUCUUUCUUUCUUUCUUUCUUUAUUUCCAUAUUUCUUUCUUUCGUUCUUUUCAUAUUUCUUUCUUUCUUUCUUUCUUUAUUUCCAUAUUUCUUUCUUUCGUUCUUUUCAUAUUUCUUUCUUUCUUUCUUUCUUUAUUUCCAUAUUUCUUUCUUUCGUUCUUUUCAUAUUUCUUUCUUUCUUUCUUUCUUUCUUUCUUUCGUUCUUUUCAUAUUUCUUUCUUUCUUUCUUUCUUUCUUUAUUUAUUUCCAUAUUUCUUUCUUUCGUUCUUUUCAUAUUUCUUUCUUUCUUUCUUUCUUUCUUUCGUUCUUUAUUUCUUUCUUUCUUUCGUUCUUUUCAUAUUUCUUUCUUUCUUUCUUUAUUUCCAUAUUUCUUUCUUUCGUUCUUUUCAUAUUUCUUUCUUUCUUUAUUUCCAUAUUUCUUUCUUUCGUUCUUUUCAUAUUUCUUUCUUUCUUUCUUUCGUUCUUUUCAUAUUUCUUUCUUUCUUUCUUUCUUUAUUUCCAUAUUUCUUUCUUUCGUUCUUUUCAUAUUUCUUUCUUUCUUUCUUUCUUCGUUUAUGGCUACUUGCAUGCCCUAUUUCAUUUAUUUUCUACCUUUUCUUUUUAUUUUCGAUUUUUUUUAUUCUUUUGUACCCUAUUUAAAUUUCUUUCUUUACACCCAUUUUUUCUUUUUAUUUUCAAUUUUUCUUCUUUCAUGUCUUAUUUCUAAACUUUUUUCAUUCCUUUUUUCUUUCAUUUUUCUUUCUUUCUUUCUUUCUUUCUUUCUUUCUUCUGCCUUUUUUAUAUUUCUUCUUUCUUUUCUUUUUUUUUCGCUUUCUUUUAUAGAUAUAAGGUCCUUACUUUUUCGCUUUCUCCACUAUUCGUUGUUCAAAUAA